GCCGCGGUGGGGAGACCGUGAGAGGCAUCUGCCGCAGCUCCGGGGCCAAGGUGCAGUGCGAGCGUGAGCCGAAGCCCGAAGCCUCCCUGUGCCCGGUGCGUGUCAUCCAGCUCUUCGGGACACGCAGUGAGGUGGCAGCAGCCAAGAAACUCAUCCUGGAGAAGCUGACGGAGGACAACGCAUUCCACAGGGAGCUGGAGCAGUCAGCAGCCACGAGAUACCCCCGGAAACAGGCCCUGGGCAGCCGCAGGGACCCCCAGGAGGCAUUUCCCGACGGGCUGCAGGAGCACAGGGAGGAGCUAGGGGGCUGGGAGAGCGUGAAGGGGUCGCUCCCCCGCCAGGGCCCCUGCCAGGAGCCAGAGGACCGGAACGAGGAGCUGGAGGAGCCAGAGGACGGGAACCUGGAGCUGGAGAUUGGGAAUGAAGACCUGGAGACAGAGCCAGAGGAUGGGAAUGAGGAGCACUCGGUGCCAAAAUUUGAGAUUCCCAGCCCGGAUUUCAGCUUCCAGGCUGAUGAGCACCUGGAGGUUUAUGUCUCGGCCUCAGAGAAUCCGAGUCACUUCUGGAUCCAGAUCAUCGGGAGGCGUGUCCUGCACCUGGACAAGCUGACGGUGGAGAUGCGCCAGUACUACCAGAGCAGCCCCACCGCCCAUCCCGUGUCCAUCUGUGCCGGUGACAUCGUGGCGGCUCCGUACCGGGACGAUGACACCUGGUACCGCACGCGUGUGCUGGGGCUGCUGGACAACGGCAACUGGGACCUGUACUACGUGGACUUUGGGGACAACGGGGAGGCUCCAACCGAGGCCCUGCGGCCCCUGAGGAGUGACUUCCUGAGCCUUCCAUUCCAGGCCAUCGAGUGCAGCCUGGCUGGCAUCAGCCCUGCCGGGAACACCUGGGAAGAGGCAGCUCUGGAUGAGUUCGACCGCCUCACGCACUGUGCCCAGUGGAUACCGCUGGUCGCUCGCAUUUCCAGUUACUCCCAGUCUGGGCUGUGCCCCAUGCCCAGCAUCCACCUCUUCACUGAGCGCUCUGGCCAGGGCCCGGAGGGGGGACAGAGCCCCCCAAGACCGGAGGAGACCGCG